CACUCUCCGCGAUCUCGGUGACAGCCACUGGCCCACCAUGGUGUCCGUGGGCACGUGGAGGCGCCGCGCCGUGGAUGACUGCGAGGAGCGCUCCGAGCCCGGCGCCUCCAGCUCCAACGUCCCGCGUGCGCCCCCCAACUGCGCCCGGUGCCGCAACCACCGACUUAAGAUUGAGCUGAAGGGCCACAAACGUUACUGCAAAUACCGAUACUGCACCUGCGAAAAAUGCCGUCUCACGGCUGAUAGACAAAGAGUGAUGGCACUGCAGACGGCGCUGCGCCGUGCCCAGGCGCAGGACGAGGCGCGUGCGCGUGCGUUGGAGUCCGGCCUACAACCACCGGGAGUGGAGCUGGACCGACCGGACCCACCGACGGUGAAGGCUCCGCGUAGCCCCGUGGUUCCGCCACCACCGCCUCGGUCGCUCGGGUCUGCCAGCUGCGAUUCAGUGCCUGGAUCUCCCGGAGUGUCACCGUACGCGCCACCGCCCCCAUCGGCUCCUCCACCACAGGCGAUUCCGCCGCUACUUCCUCCACAGCAACCAGCGGUUUCAUUAGAAACCCUGGUCGAGAACUGCCAUAAGCUGCUGGAAAAAUUUCACUACUCCUGGGAGAUGAUGCCCCUGGUGUUGGUGAUACUCAACUACGCAGGCAGCGACCUCGACGAGGCUUCUAGAAAAAUUGAUGAAGCUCACUGGGUGGUGCAUCAAUGGCGACUGUACGAGCGGUCCCUGUGCUCGCUGCUCGAGCUACAAGCGCGGAAAGGCUCAACAUACUCGAUGUGCUGCUCGCCGCGAUACGUCAUCGCGCCGGAGUACGCGUCGCACCUCCUACCUCUACCUCUCACUACGCAGAGGUCGUCACCGCCGCCUGCGCACUUGUAGCGAUGCGACCCCGCGCCGGGACAGGCGCAAGAGCACACCGAGGCCCCGUCGACGGACACCGACGCCGCCAGCGGGGUGGACGCCGGCGAUGCGUAAGCGCCUAUACUACGGCGCACAGUGGGUCCCCCACGGCAUACUGGACUAUAGUGCUAGAUCAGUAUUACCGUGUGCAACAACAUGAGACACAUUCAGUGCUAGCCAAUACUGUGACGUAGCGACGACGGGACGACGGCGGCACGGCAUCGACACGAUCACGACCCACGCACGACAGUGGUGAACUUUUACUUUUAAAUACUUUAAUACAGGCCAAUGUAACUAGCAUUUUAGGUUUAAAUGUGUUCUGUUUACUAUACGUAAUGUUUUAACAGUUAAUGGGAAACUGAAUGUUGAAUGUUUGAAAUUACUACGGCAGUAUUUUUUAUUGUGUCUUAAGUGACGCUGUGUUUUUUUAAAGUCGUGUCGGCGUCGUGUCGAUUGGUUGUAAAACGCCCAAAUAGUACCUUAUUUUUAUUAAGUGUUUAAUUAUUAGAUCCAUGGGCUAUGGUUACAAUUGCAACGUGUUAAUAACUGACUAGUGCUUUUCUCAGCAACUGAAAUUGAAAUUACCAUACAAAGGACACAAAAAAAUUAAGUAUUUUUUAUUAUUUAAUUAUAUGGCA